CGCAGCACAGGGUGAUUAUGUGUUGUUUCUAACAGCGAGGUAGGAGGAGAGGAGGAACAGGAGGAAGGAGGAGGAGGAAGGGGUGCUUCCUCUUCAGUCUGGGCUGAGCCACUGAUGUAUCCCAGCAGCCCCCGGUCGGCAGCGACAGGAAACCUUGGUAUAAAAAGCAGCGUCGCAGGGGGAACCCUCCUAAGUGUCUCUCAGCCGCAGCAUGACCAGGACCGGGAGCCUGAGUGUUCGGACUUAACAAGACAAUGCCCAGCCUAAUCAUCGAACCACUCAACACACAGCACUUCAUCAUGGACAGAGAUGACAGGAAGAGAAACAAGAACAUUGGAAAGAACUUUAUGUGCCGACUCCAGUGCAUGUUCUCACACUCAUCAAGCUCUGAGAGGCUAAGUUUAGAAGAUACCCAACAAUGGUCACAGUCACUGGAAAGGCUUCUCGAGUCUAAAUAUGGACUGGCGACUUUUCGCAACUUUCUGAAAUCCGAAUACAGCGACGAGAAUAUUGAGUUCUGGCUCACCUGCGAGGAUUACAAGAAGAUCAAGUCUUCAUUCAGAAUGUCCUCGAGGGCCAAGAAGAUUUAUGAGCAGUUCAUCAAAGCAGAAUCUCCUAAAGAGAUCAACAUCGACUAUCACACCCGAGAGCAGAUCAAAAGGAACGUCAAGACUCCCACCAUGCACUGCUUUGAUGACGCUCAGAAGAUAGUUUACGGGCUGAUGGAAAGAGACUCGUACCCGCGGUUCCUCCGCUCGGACAUUUAUAGAACUCUCCUGGAAAACCUCGCCGCCGACGCCACGAAGGGUUGAAGGCGCGCUCGGAGGGAGGGAGAAAGGACAUUUAGAAAAAAAAAAAAAA